UUCAUACUGGUGAUAGACUGUUUGGAAUGAAUAUAAUAUGAAAGUCACUCAUUCUCAAAACUUCGCGUUUCCCAAUAUCAAAUCGGCUGAACAGACUUUGUGAAUAUGCACAGUUGUCAAUCAUGUCAGACUCUGAUUCCACCUACGAAGCGUAUCGCUACAAUCCGUCUCUUGGUGCGGCAGUAGCUUUUGUUGUCUUGUUUACAUCGACAACGACUUUUCAUUUGUAUCAAAUGAUUAGGACGAGAACGUGGUAUUUUAUACCCUUCGUUGUUGGAGGUGCCUUCGAAUUCAUAGGCUACAUUGGACGAGCAAUAUCAAGUCAACAAUCGCCAAAUUGGACAAUUGGGCCUUAUCUUGUCCAGACACUCUUCCUUCUUCUUGCGCCAGCGCUUUUCUCGGCGAGUGUAUACAUACAACUGGGUCGCAUUAUCCUUCUUGUGGACGGAGAAGAUCAUUCAAUAAUCAAGAAGCGCUGGCUUACGAAGAUCUUUGUGACUGGAGACGUGCUCUCCUUUCUAACGCAAGCAAUUGGCGGUAGUAUCAUGGCAUCUGGUACAUUGAGCGCCAUGCACACUGGUGCACACAUCAUUGUUGGAGGACUUUUCAUCCAAGUGGUUUUCUUCGGCCUCUUCAUGGUCGUCGCCUUUGUCUUCGACUUCAAAUUGCACAAAUACCCGACCCCCGAUCCCGCUAUACCAUCCCAGAAGCACCUCAAAACCUUGUACAUUGCAAGCAUUUUGAUCAUGAUCAGGAGUUUGUUUCGAGUUGUUGAGUACAUCGAGGGCAAUAAUGGAUACUUGCUGCGUCAUGAGUACUAUUUGUAUAUCUCUGAUGCAGUGCUGAUGCUUGGGGUUAUGGUUCUUUUCAAUGUGAUCCAUCCUAGUGAGGUUCACGCGCUUCUUCGGGGAGGGAAAGUCAGCAAAGGGUUCAGGAUGAUCACUUUGAAUACCAGUAAGCUUUCUUCGACAUCUUCUGAUGAGACUGGUGUAGUUUAG